UGGGUCGGAAGCAGCCACCGGCCUGUCCGGCUCGGCUCGGCUCGGCUCGGGCGGGCUCCCGCGGCGGGGCUGAGGCGGGCGGGCGCCGCCAUGGUUUAAAGGGCCGCGGGCAGACGCGAGCGUGCAGGAGCCAUGAACCUCCUGCCGGCCAACCCGCACGGCAACGGGCUGCUCUACGCCGGCUUCAACCAGGACCACGGUUGCUUUGCAUGUGGAAUGGAAAAUGGAUUCAGAGUUUAUAAUGCAGAUCCACUCAAAGAAAAAGAGAAACAAGAAUUUCUAGAAGGUGGUGUUGGCCAUGUCGAAAUGUUGUUCCGUUGCAACUACUUAGCACUAGUAGGUGGAGGAAAAAAGCCGAAGUACCCACCCAACAAAGUAAUGAUCUGGGAUGACCUGAAAAAGAAGACUGUCAUUGAGAUAGAAUUUUCUACAGAAGUCAAAGCAGUUAAACUGCGAAGAGAUAGAAUUGUUGUAGUUCUGGACUCAAUGAUUAAAGUUUUCACAUUCACACACAAUCCCCACCAGCUGCAUGUCUUUGAAACCUGCUACAACCCUAAAGGUCUCUGUGUCCUUUGUCCAAAUAGUAAUAAUUCUCUCCUUGCAUUUCCUGGAACACAUACUGGGCAUGUGCAGAUAGUAGAUCUGGCUAAUACAGAAAAGCCUCCUGUAGACAUACCAGCUCAUGAAGGUGUCUUGAGCUGUAUAGCUUUAAACCUGCAGGGAACAAGAAUUGCAACAGCAUCAGAAAAAGGGACCCUCAUAAGAAUAUUUGAUACUUCAUCAGGGCAUUUAAUCCAGGAGCUACGAAGAGGAUCACAGGCAGCCAAUAUAUACUGCAUUAACUUCAAUCAGGAUGCUUCCCUAAUCUGUGUAUCCAGUGACCACGGCACAGUACAUAUUUUUGCUGCAGAAGACCCCAAAAGAAAUAAACAAUCAAGUUUGGCCUCUGCCAGCUUUCUCCCCAAAUACUUCAGUUCCAAAUGGAGCUUUUCCAAAUUUCAGGUUCCCUCAGGCUCUCCGUGCAUUUGUGCCUUUGGAACAGAGCCAAAUGCUGUAAUAGCAAUAUGUGCAGAUGGCAGCUACUACAAGUUCUUAUUCAACCAAAAAGGGGAAUGCUCGAGGGAUGUCUAUGCUCAGUUUCUAGAAAUGACUGAUGACAAGCUUUGACUGAGUUGAGGGAGUGCAUGGGUCACAGUACAGCCUUGGCUAUUCUGCAUCUUUGGAAGGACAGUGUAUGAAUGUCCAAUACUGAUCAAGAAGUUUAGCAGACCUCACUGAGAAGCCUGGCCCAACGUGAUCAGAACAAGCUCUGAAGUAGCGGACUACAUAUGUUUAUUCUCAUUUCUGCAAGCAUUCACCAUUAAAAUCUCUUUGGGUUACUGCCAUCAACUCAAGUUUUCAAGACAUAGCUUUUAAGAAGCUUGUGCCUAUUGGGUUUCUCUUAAUUGAAACUGUGAAAUGAGUUAGGUUAAACAUGAGUGCCUGCCACACUGAAAGAUCUGCAGGGGGCUGUACAUAGGUCAGGACUAGCCUUAGAAAAGGGAUAUGAAAACAGAAGAUUUUAGGCAUUGCUUCACUUCCACUCAGCUGCUGAGACAGGGAGGAACAUACAAAGUGUAGUCAUCUAAAUCCAACUGCCUGGCCAGAAACAGGAGUACUGCCCCCCCCCCCCCCCCAACACAUCCUCGUGUAACAGAGGAGACGAGAUGACAAGCAUACAGCCAUAGAAAACUAGCGUGAGCCCUGCUUGUCCUCUGAUCUGCUGUGCAGGGUUCAGUGGUGGCAGUCCUGGGUCUGCAGCUUUGCUGCUUGUAUGCACACACUGAUGCUGGUUAAGCUGAACGAUGAGGUGAAGUUGAAUGAUCAGCACUAAUUGUCAAUGGUGCCAAACUGUAUAUAAUAGAUGAAGGCACAUUUAGGCACUUGUGGCCCUAACUAACCACUACUCAGUGUAUGAAGUAAGCACACAGGAUACUUUUGGAAAAUGAGACUUCUGUAUUGGGAAAAAAAAAGGGUGAUCCCUUCUGUAAUGAAACAGCCUUUUCAGGUUUAAAAGCCACCCUCGGUACUGGUGUGACAGCUGUAGCGACUGCUUCAAAAAAUUGCUGUGCUUCAACUGGAAGACUUGACUGGGCACUUACUUACUUACCCAGCCAGCACAGUACAUGAACCAAGUGGCAUGAAAUAUACUCUUCUGCAAUGACUUUAAACUUGCAAACUUUUUUUUUUUCUUUGAAAUGUUGCAUUCAAAGUAGUGUUGGUCUAGGAGCAGUUAGGUUAGACUAAACUGACUGACUUGUGAACUUCUUUUCUGAAAAUGGUUUUAUGGCAAUUAUUAGUAUUUGCUGCUGGAAUAAGGCACAAGAUACUAAACUAGAAACUGAAAUAGCCACAAGCUCUCCAUUAAUAGCACUAAAUACCUGGGGGGGGGGGGGGGUUCAUGCUCUUCUGAAACUUAAUUUCACAGAUGCUUCAAAUCUGACAUCCCAGUUAGCUCUAAGAUGGUUUAGCUGCAAAUUCUCUAAAUUUGUCAAGUUUCUUUUAGUGUCACAUAACAUACUAAGGACUAACUUCUGCGCAGAUUUUGAUGUCAAGUUUGCAUGUUGCUUUUAUGUGUACUUAAUCACAGAAAUUGUUUUGCACACUUAUUUGUAAUAUGUUAUUUCUUUUAAAUAAAAGUGACUAAUUUUGCUGUAUUCACUUAAGCAGUAGCUUAUAGACAGGAUCACAAACAAAAUUCCUAUUUCUGUCGGUUUUUAGAAAUAGCUAUGUCCCUGUGUAAAUAGUGGUAGCUGCUGAAAGUAGGAAGCUGAUUCCUGCUAACAGGGGCAUGUUAAUAUAGGACAUGAAGUGAACAAAUUACUGCUUGGAAUAUACACUCUAUUAGCACCAAAAAGGAGAAUUUCAGCCAGUCAGCUAUGCAUAUUGAAUUUGUCCUGAUACUACUAUCUCGCUGUGGUUCAACGCUAUUUACUACACCAUUUACAACAGCAGCUGUGCAGUUUUUGGAACAGCUGUAUUAGUAGGAAAACUGCAGUCUCACAGUAGAAGCAUGUAUGCAGGAAGGUGUUACAAACGAGUUCCUGAGGACAAUUUGUAGUUCGUUGCUACAAGAAAGUCUGGUACAGAACUGCAAACUGUUUAUGAUCCAAGUCAGCUGCACUCACUUUAAAUACCAAAGCACCUGUUUUAACUAAAACAUCAAACCUUUUGCACAUUGCUUUGAAGGUUUUGUAUUUCUUAAUCUGCUGCAGCACCAGCCUCAUCUGCUUCCACUAAAGCUACCACGUAGUUUAUCAGAGAGUUUGAAUGUUUUUCUUACUUGAGAAAAGCUAUUCUGAAUUUGCAAAGUGGCCCCUGAACACCUGUUCUAGUGUGAUGAUAAGCAUGAGAGUAGCACUAAUCACACCCCCAAAUAUUUGUUAUACUAAGGCAUUGCCACAUCCUUAACACAUACCUAAAUAUAGUUAUCUCAAAUUUC